UUCUUCAGUCGGCGGGCGGGUUUUUGGGUCUUCUCGGGAAUCUACCUGUGGGCCGCCGCAUGGAAGCAAAGACUCCUGGGGUCGCAACACCGAGAAAACCUGUCUUAUCAGUCAGUGCCAGGAAACUUAAGGACAAUGCUGCUGACUGGCAUAACUUAAUCCUGAAAUGGGACAGCCUCAGUGACAAGGGCUUCACCACGGCCAGCAGUAUUGCCAACCUGAAAGUCAGCUUGCUGAGUAAAGAGAAGGUUGAGUUAGAGAGCAGCAGCCCAGCUUCCACGGAAGAGGAAGAAAAGACAAAUCUGGACUACGAUAAGGGACUCGAAGCACUGUGUGAGGAGCUGCAGGCCAUCUUGGAUGGCUUGACUAAAAUACAAAUGAAAAUGGAAAAGCUGUCUUCAACCACCAAGGGAAUUUGUGAACUAGAAAAUUACCACUACAGGGAAGAAAGCAGCCGGCCCCCUCUAUUUCACACGUGGCCCACAGCCUUCUUUUAUGAGGUCUCCCACCGGCUCUCCGAAGCAUACAAGAAGGAGCUCCUUCUGAAGCACACCAUUGGUGCAGAGCUGGCCCAUACUGCAGACCGCAACCUCAGCCUGACCUACCUGUCCAUGUGGCUGCACCAGCCCUACAUAGAGAGCAACAGCAAGCUGCAGCUGGAGAGCAUGCUGCUCGACAGGUCACCGGGCCCUGUGACUGCCUGUGAGACCACUGGCUGGACAGUCAGUCCCCUGGGUGGAACCUGUUGUGCCUCAAGGCCAGAUACUUUUAGGGUCCUGGGAUCACUCUCCCCGCUGCUACAGCCUCUCCAGACACAGGCACUGCUGAGCUGUCCUCCCACUGCUUCCCGGGUGUCAUCAAGCUCCACUGAGUGACAGAAACAAGAACGGCUGAGGGCUGAGUUUUAUAAACCAGUGGACUUUACUGUUACAUCUGUGGAGACAACCUGAGCUUCCCAUUUCUGUUUUGUACCUAUCUACUUUUUUUUUUUUUUGUGGUGCUGGAAAUCAAA